AUGGACGCAUCUAAUCCCGAACGAUCGCAAGAGAAACCAGAACGAUCACCAAAUCGUAGCGAAUCUGUCUCAAAUUUUGAUCGUGGACAAAUAAAAGCAAGGCAGAAAAAAACUUCCAUACAAUCAUCAUCUGAAAAAAGUGUCACUUUUGGCACGAAAUUAAUACAGCAAUCAUCAGAUUGUAAAGGCCAGUCUAUUGGACUACCCAAUAUUAGUGAGAGAUCAUCUAGUAAUCGAAAAGCUGGCGAGAAAUCAUGGAAUCGACAACGUUCCUAUACUGAAAGUAGUAUCGAUUUAAUGGCAGUACGUAAAAGGGUGAAAGCACGAUAUCAAAAACGAGAAUCACUUAAAAAUAAUACGACGGAAGAACAAGACGAUGAAUGUAGUGAUAGUGAAAAUCUUACCGGUUUGAGGGAGAAAAGACAAGUUCUAAUUCAUGGUUUGAGCUAUUACAAGUACCGAAUGGUUGUCGAUUGGCUACGACAUAGUCGACUACCUUCAAGAAUAGUAUUGCCAGUUAUUUAA